AUGACCUCCGUGGCCGGCGCGGUGGCUAGUGACUUUUGGAAAGUAGACCUUUAUGGACCCCCACAGGGUUACUCCAACGUCAAAAGUGAAAUAGUGGCCACGGUGGUCUGCGGGGACGGACGAAAAGCAAAUUUGAGUUACACUCAUAGCUGGCGCGGUGAUAGUACAACCAACACUAUUACCAUCAGAUGUCGAAUUACACCCAAGGUUAUUAAGGGUGGACCACUACCCCCUAACUACGAAUUGAAAGCGGAACCCAUAUGGGCCGGCGAUGAGCGAGCCAUAGAGGCUGCUAAGAGGGAGCAGGAAGAACGGUUCCAUGAACAAUUUGAACUUAUGAACCUGAUGAUGGACGCAUCGGCGGAUCCUAAGGCGCGGCGGCUGUUUGCAUCGCCGUAAGUAGGAGCAGAUACU